AUGGAAAAAAAGCCUUUAAAGCUUCUCACGUUUAACACAUGGGGGCUUAAAUAUGUCUCGAAGCACCGCAAGGAGCGUCUUAACGCUAUCGCCCACCAAUUGGCACAAUCGGAUUACGAUGUAGUGGCUCUACAGGAAGUCUGGGUGCAAGAGGACUGGGAUUACAUUGAGAGUCGAUGUAAGCACAUCUUCCCGUAUAGAAGGCAGUUUCGUUCGGGUAUACUUACCGGUCCUGGACUAUCAAUAUUGCUGAAGGUGCCUAUCUCGAGCACAUUCUUAUAUAGAUUUCCAAUCAACGGAAGACCAAGUGCUUUUUUUCGAGGCGAUUGGUUUGUCGGAAAGAGUAUUGCAGUGACGAUAUUGGAUCCAAAGGUCACAGGCUCAAGCAAAAUAGCUCUAUUGAACUCUCACAUGCAUGCUCCAUAUGCCCAAACUGGAGAUGCUGCCUAUGCCACUCAUAGAGCAUGUCAGGCGUGGGAUUUGGCCAAAUUAGUUAGCACCUUGCGGAAGGCUGGAUAUGCUGUGGUUCAAGUGGGCGAUUUGAACUCCAAACCUGGACUGCUUCCGUACAGAUUGUUCACCAUCGAAGGAGAACUCGCAGAUUCUUGGGAUGUCUUACAUGGUGAACUGGCCCUUCUGAGUGAUGAAAUUGCGGUCAUGGAUGCCCGAGAACAGAUAGAGCGGGGAGGAGUUACAUGCAAUUCAAGAAUAAAUACCUGGAGAGCUAAUAGGGCGCCAUGGGAAGCUUGCAGAUUGGAUUACGCAUUGAUCGACCAAGAUAGACUCACUCCAAUUCUGGCAGGUGUACACUUUACAGAAUUAUUACCUCUUCCCAUAUCAUGCUCAUUCUCGGACCAUUUUGCUUACUGUGUGGAGUUAGCCAUAAAGACUGUUGUAUCUGAUACAACUCAUCAUUCUGUUGCGGAAAAGUCAGAGGUGUACCAAGAAUUGAUCGCCAACGUUGAGAAUUAUUUGAACGAGACGAUUCCAUUUCAAGAAAAUUGGAGGAAAUGGCAUUUGAUACUUUCACUAAUUGUUGUGGUACUCAUCCAGAUUGCUAUAACUUUUGCAGCAAUCGCUCUGCCCUGGGCAACAAUUUUCUUGUCUAUAGGGAGCACACUAAUCGGCAUAACCGGGAUAGUUAACGGCAUGAUUUGGUAUUUUGGAGUUCGAUCGGAGAAGCGGGCAUUAGAAGAGGUGAAGAUGGAAGUUGAAGAUGCAUUGCGUGCUUUAGAAUUGAGCAAUUGA